CAGUCAGACAGAAAGAAGGCCGAGAAGUCUCCAAAUCUCCAAAAUAACAUAACAGCACGCAUCUGGCUGCGGGAGUUUUUCAGUGAGCAUGUCGACCAUUGCCCGAUAAGACAUCAAUGUGAUGCCUGAAAAGGCCUAUCUUCGCUUUAAACCAAAUCAACAGACGGCAAUCAAGCUUCCACUUUUUCCUGCCAUAUAAACUCGAACUGCAAACUUUUGUGAGGUGGCCGAGGCUGAGAGUCCAUAGAGAACCUCAGAGUGAAUCAUAGCACUCCAACGGGCUUCAAUGGGAGAAGAUAUCCAUAGAGACGACCGAGAAGGUCUGCCUAUUCCCCGGUUUCCACUGAUUGGUGUUCUUCAUCAGGCUCAACCACAGAAAUAUGCUCUGUUUCCGCGGUUCUGUGACGGCUAAAUGCAUAGGGUUCGGAGUCUACCGACAGGAUUUGUAAACGUGCUCUUUUUAUCAAUUGACAUGGUCGCCCGUUAACUGUCGCCGGGGCAUGGCACAGGGCGGGAAAAGCCUUGCCGACGUCAGUGACGUAGUUGAUAGCGGGUUGGCAGUUGCUUCCAUCCGGAUCCGGCAAUUUAUUUAUACCCAUGGACGGGACGGGAGACAGUCCAGCUCUCGAAGUCCUUGAAUUACUCCCAAGUAGCUGUGCACAGGAACGCAUGAUCAUCUGCAAGAGAAACCGUUGUUCAGGAGAUACCGACGCCUGUUGCUAUACUAUUUAAGACGUUGGUCAUCAUUUGCGCCAGCGCCGUGAAUUCUCCCACAUCAAUUCGUCAGAUUCUCAAGUGGACGAAAGACCAACCAACAACGCCAGACGAAAUAGGUUUCUGCCAUGUCAUAAUUCAGAAAGAAUGGUUCAUCUCUAUCUAUCUUCCGAACUGUCAUAUUAAGCUCUACGCCCUUAUAUUGCGCUUUAUCUGUCGUGCACUUUCUAUCCGAACUAGAGAGGACUCGGACCUGCCCCUCACUACUAGCACUAAUGCGAGGGAUGCGACAAUGUCGAGCGGAAACUCUACGGGAGCUGGCCUGGUGAACUUGGAGACGGAAUUAACUUGCUCGAUAUGUACAGAUAUUCUCUAUCAGCCACUGACCCUACUCGACUGCCUCCAUACCUUUUGUGGCUCCUGUUUGAAAGAAUGGUUUUCAUGGCAGGCAUCGCAUCCACCUAGCUCCAGCAGAAAUGUCAAAUUUACCUGCCCGUCUUGUCGAGCGGUGAUCCGCAACACGAGACAUGAUGCUAAGGUUAAUACGCUACUCGAUUUGUUCCUGCAGUCGAACCCACAUAGGGCGAGGGGCACUGGAGAGAAGCAGCAGUUGGAACAGAAAUACAAACCUGGCGAUAUUCUUAUACCAACACGGCCGGCUAAUUCCUCCCGCGCGUCCGACUCAGAAAGGGAAGACGAAGAAGAUCGUAGAUUGCUGGAGGACGUUAGACAAAUGAGUUUAUCAGACGUAGAUCAAAGACGUGCACGUGUGAGCUCUAGUUCUCGAACCUCGCAAUCUCGGACUCGAGAUCGAAUUCCAGGGACUAGAGAAAGAGACCGCCAGGAAGAAGCUCAAAGGCGAAGACGAAAUGCGCGGCGGGCUGCAAGUCAACAGCGAGCUUCCCCCGAUCCGGCCAUGCGUACAAGGCGAAUUGAGCACCAGGCAAGCUUACGAUCGUUGUUAAGCACUUCGGAUGGAGAUUCUGCGAUGGAAGAAGAAAUUCUUAGACAGAUUAUAGACGAAGGGCUGUUGGAUGGGAUAGAUUUACAAAGUUUAGAUCCGGCGCAGGAAGAUGAGCUCAGUGAACGAAUCGCCGAAGCGUACCGAAGGAGACACCUUCGCCAACCUAUUGCUCGCCAAAAUGCGCGUGGUGACAGAGAUAGUCGUUCGCGGGAUCCUAGAAGCCGUCAACCUAGAACAAAUAGUAAUAACGAGCGCCCUCCAGUUUCACGACCACAUUUGCUUGAAACACCAGCACCAAGGCCCGGCCGCACAAGCCGACAGCAAAGGAGCUCCUCUGACCAGGGCGUGAGGCGUAGAGCGACGUCACCAACCCAUAGACCGGUUGCGUCCUCAUCGGACGCGCUCGUACAGCCAGUAGUGAGGUCUUCUAGCGAUUUAUCCGGCCAACGACGCCCUUCCCAGAAUCAUUCAACUUCAGAGUCAUUCCGACACCGAGCGACAUCGUCACUCUUGUCCUCUAGACGUAGCGGCGAAUCCGAACGGAGGGUUCGCCAGAGCGGCAUACGGACUGCUGAUCGUCAGCAGAUAUUUGGCUCCCCAACCUCCCCAACCACUACUACGAUUACAAGUGCUCAGACAUUAUCAUCCAGCCCGCACAACCCCCCCUUCCAGUCUACUUCAGGACCUCAACCGACCGAGCGUAUUCCGUCCGCUGGCAUAUCCUCAUCCUCAAGACCGUCAUCGUCUCGAAGUGACACAGCUAUUCGUUCGAGUAGCGAAUCACUUCUUCCAGAGCCGUCUAUCUCAUGCAGUCGAUGCGAUAAACGGAACAUUCAAUAUAAGGUUUACAAGACCUGUACUCGAUGUGAUGAUGGCAAUUACAAUUUGUGUUUACUUUGCUACCGAAUGGGCCGCGGAUGCCUGCACUGGUUUGGGUUCGGGAACAGUGCUCAGGUCCGGUUUGAGAAGAAAUAUCCAAUGGGAAUUUCAGCUGUCCAAGAACCACCACACAUCUUGCAAUCACGUAAAUACCUGCGUCCACCGGGUGAAACAACACAAAACCGGCCGAAUAGCUCCCGAAGACGAGCAAAGGACGAUCCUGCAAAGCGGCUCCAAAACGGUAUGUUUUGUGAUAUGUGCCAAUCAUUUUCAGAUGACUGCUUUUGGAUAUGCAGCGAAUGCAACGAGGGAGAAUGGGGCUUUUGUAAUAGCUGUGUCAACCAAAGCAAAUGCUGCACACAUCCUCUUCUGCCACUCGGUCGAGUCCGGGAGAACGAGAUUGGCCCCCCCAAUCCACCAAGCUCAUCUCCCGUAAUUCCUUCCAGUUAUCAAUUAGGAUCUACUAUCAAGAUUGGUAGCGAUCGCUAUCAGCCUCUUACCUUCUCUACAAAAUGCAAUAACUGCACCUAUCCAAUUCCACCCUCGACAAGUCGGUUCCACUGCCCAGCAUGCAAUAAUGGAGAUUAUGAUCUUUGCACAAACUGCUACUUGAAACUAGGGGCGAACGGCAAAAUCAGCAAAGAAAACGGACGAAAUGGCUGGAGAAGGUGUCUACAGGGCCACCGAAUGAUUAUCGUCGGCUUUGAAGACGACCCAGAUGGCCAGAGACGAGUUAUAGUCAAGGAUAUCGUUGGAGGCCAUGCGCUGAAAGACGAUGUAGCGGCAGCGGCAGCAGCAGCCAUAGCGGCUACCGCAAGCGAAAACACAACUACGGGCAGUCCCAAUUCUAAUGCGCCAGUCCCGAUCCCCGUUCGCCAAGAUUCCGGAGACUGGACGUGGAAAGAAGACACCACAGGCACUACCAGCAUUUCCCACCGUCGACGAUUUCCACGAACACGCACAACCUGGUCGAACUCAUCGCCAAUCACGCCGACCGAUCCCACAACCAAAACCCACUUUGCCUCCCAUUUCCCUCCAUCAGGUGGUAUUGGGCUGCGUCUACUGGCGCAGUGGUCAUAUUACCCUGACCCGGACGUGAUGGAUGAAAUUAUGUUUCCUCGCGGAGCGGAGAUUACGGAGGCGGAGAACAUCAACGGUGACUGGAUGUGGGGGUGUUAUGCGGGACAGAAGGGCCUCUUUCCCGGUGGAUAUGUGGUUGUUAUAGAAGAAGUAGGGGUGGAUGGGGUAGGGAGGGACUAGGCAUGGGUACGAUUUUGUUUCAGAUAGAAAUAAAUGGUGUUCGAUGUUGGUUUUUAGCCAGUGAAGGAAGUUCGACAAUUUGAUAUUUUCUCUUUAGUUCCUUUCUAUAAGUUAUCUAAUGACGACGAAGGUAGGUAGUCGAUGCUCGAGGUGGCUGGGUGUUAUUAUGGCUAUGUUUAUGCGAAGAAGGAACAACGAUUGAAUGAUUGAGAAUGUAUCCUAUGCUAUAUGCACAUAAUAAUUCAAACAAUUCCGUCUAGGUAGAUACUUUCCGGAAAGAUUAUAGUAUAGCAAUAACUCAGACAUGGAGAUUGUUGAGCUGUUCUCCAUAUAUUCAACGAUGCAAGUGGACGCGUCGCAUUGUCACGUGAUCCAGUUUCAGCCCAUCUC